UUUUCUUUUCAGUUUCAACACUUUUAUCCUGCUUAAUUAAAAACACUUAUUUUAAAUUUUUAAUAACUCAAGUUAAAAAGUAAUUUUUUUUAAUCCUUUUCAAACGGGGCUUUAGGUGUAAUAGCCAAUAGGGUUUUCCUUCUUCAGCAGCAGAAAACGCAUCCAUUCAUAUUCAACAAUUUGAAUAGAAAUUAUAUGUCGGAGAUGCGUAGGGAAGCAUUUGAAGAGAACAUUCUCAGGCUCGUCCAUCUCUUAAUGCACCUAGAGAUGUAUAUAAAUCGUCCAUAUAAGCCUAUCGCAAAAUUUGAUUUAUUUACCAUUGAUGAAAGGCCUAGAGAGCAAUGGAUUACAUUAAACAAGAAGUUGGGAGAGAAUGAAGAAAUUAAAGUUGAAGCUACCAUGUUUGAUGCAUCUAUUCCCGUUAAAAAAAGUGGUAAUGUAUCUGCAGCAGAUGAUGUGCAUUCAUGGAAAGGAAAUAGAGAUAGCGGUUGCAUUUCUCCUGUGAGUGUUGUCUUGCUGACUUGCUUGCGGAGAGAAAUCAUUUUGCUGCUUUUCUGAAUUUCUUGGUGUAGACUUUCACAUUUUAUGUGACAGUUUCUGAACAUCUUCAAUCAAAUAUUUUGUUAUGCUGUUAUAAACCAAACGGGAGAGCCCAACCCAAAAGACUAAUCUAAUAGGUGGGAGAGCCCAUUGGCUUAUAACCCCCUUAGCA